AUGGUGAGAGAAGCACGAGUUGCACGGGCCGUCGUGCCUUGCAUCAAGCAAAUCGACACGGUGGCCGGAGAGUGGCCCGCCCAGACCAACUACCUCUACGCGACCUACAACGGCGUGGAGAACGACGUCGAGUUCGACCUGAAAAACGCGGUGAUGGUCCUCGGAUCCGGGGUCUACCGCAUCGGAAGCUCCGUCGAGUUCGACUCGUCCUGCGUCGGCUGCAUCCGAGAACUGAAAGCCCUCGGCUACUCGACCAUAGCCGUCAAUUGCAACCCGGAGACGGUCUCCACGGACUACGACAUCUGCGAUCGGCUCUACUUUGAGGAGAUCUCCUUUGAAACUGUCAUUGACGUGUACCACUUGGAACAGCCCAAAGGAGUCAUCCUGGCCUUCGGCGGCCAAGCUCCGAACAACAUCGCCAUGGGCCUCAGCAGAGCCCAAGUCAAGAUCUUCGGCACAAGUCCCGACGACAUUGACAACGCCGAAGAUCGUUUCAAGUUCAGCCGGAAGCUGGAAGCCCUGAAAAUCAGCCAGCCUUCCUGGAAAAAGAGCGAGAACGUCGAUGACGCCAAGGCGUUUUGUGAACAAGUCGGCUAUCCCUGCCUCAUUCGACCCUCAUAUGUACUAUCGGGCGCCGCCAUGAACGUCGCUCACAAUGAGGAGGACCUGGCGACCUUCCUCAAACAGGCCGCCGUGGUCGCCAAGGAACAUCCCGUCGUCGUCAGCAAGUUCAUCAAGUUGGUAUUGUCGGGUUUUUGGGGAAAAAUGGGUUAUAGUCAUGUCAGAGUUUUGCUCAUAAGAUUAUAAAAUAACUCCAGAGUCAAUAUCUCAAUUUUGAAGGUAGAAAAGCAACAUGAGAAGAAGAGUAAAAGUGGGAAGUUUUUUUUUAGAUGAAUUGGCGUCUAGAUGAAAGAUAUACUGGGUAUAAGUGACCACUUAAGAGGUUCCUCAAGGACUUCUGCGGACACUUAAGUGGCCACUAAAAAAACUUUAGAGAAGACUAUUUUGCGUCUUACUAUCCACCACCGUGGUUUUCAUUGGUCUAGUAGUACCACUCAAAUUUCUGAAGAGGCCCUUUGGCCACUUAAGAGGCCACUAGAUCGACUAUUAUAGCUGCCACUUUAUCGUCAAAACCCUAUAGUGGCCACUAAAGCUUUUCGACUAGGAAGGAAAUAUUGAAAAAAAAAGGUUUUUUCAAUUUUCGAAGUUAAAUUGUAGCUGUUCAAUAGGUAGAUAGCCGAAAUCAGAAAGAUCAAGUUCUAGGGUACCUUUUCCCACAAUAUUUCAUCGAACUGUUCCGUAUUUUUGGUUUAUUCAGCGAAGCCAAGGAACUCGACGUCGACGCCGUCGCUCUGGAUGGUCAACUCUGCGUUCUGGCCGUCAGUGAACACGUUGAGAACGCCGGAAUUCAUUCCGGAGACGCGACUUUGGUCACGCCGGCACAGGACCUCAACAAACUGACUUUGGAUAGGAUCAAAGAGAUCACGUUCAAAAUCGCCAGGGAGUUCAACGUCAAUGGGCCGUUCAACAUGCAGUUGAUCGCCAAGGUACAAAAAUAUUCAGAUAUUUUUAGCUUAAUUUUGCAUUCUAACUCUGAAGUCGGCUGCAAACUUUGACGUUCUCGUUAUAUUUUCUUCAUUUUCCAAUAUUUACCUGGUUUUAAAUGUUCUGGUCGCAUUAGAAUGGUUUGUACGCGUACUUCGGAACUCCAGAGGGGUCCCUAUAGGGCUAACCUUAUAGAUCUUCACGGCUCCUCUCUAGGGACCACUGUACCAUCCCCUAUACGGUUUUAAAUUGGGAAAGCCCCUUUUACUCCUAUAGGGGCCACUAAAGUUUGCUAAAGUGCAGAUCCCUUAGUGACCACUUGAGCUUUAGAGACUUAGGAGCAAGACCCUAAAAUCUUCUAGAGACCAUCUAAAUUUCACCCCUAUAGGGCCCUUUUUUGUAAUAUAUAGGGCUGUUUUUCUCAUAUUUCCUUAAGGGAUCACUAUGGUGCUCCUAAGUAGAGGCUUGACUCAAAACUUUGAAGAGAGUAAUGUAACUAUCGCUGGCCUCGAUGCGACUUUACGCAUUAAGCCAUUCUCCAUUCGACCAGCUUUGUUUUAGAGACCCUAUAGUGACCACUUGAGUUUCAGGAGUCAGACCCUGAGUCCCUAUAGGGAACCCUUCAGUUUCAGUUCUAUAGGGGCCCUUUUUUGUCCCAUAGAGGGCUGUUUUUCUCCUAUCCCCUAUACGGAGCACUAUGAGGUUUCUAAGUGGCGACUCAAGUCAAAAUUUUGAAGUAUUCAAUUUCAGUGUCGCUGACCUUAAAUAUUUGAAAAAGGCAUCAAGCCAUUCCGCGUGCGACCAUCAUGUUUGAAGGAAGUAGAUCAUGAAAUAUAGAUCCAUUUCGGAAAUUUACUAGCUUCUUAUCUAUCAAUUUACCAGUUACAAUGAAAAUUAAGCAUUUCGAAUUCCAGAACAACGAGCUGAAGGUGAUCGAAUGCAACCUGCGAGUCUCGAGAUCUUUCCCGUUCGUCUCCAAAACCCUCGACUACGACUUUGUCGCGCUGGCGACGCGAGCCCUGAUGGCGUCGGACAAUCCGGCGAUUCGCGCCUCGAUCAAACCGACGGCGACGCUGCUCAAAGGCCGUGGUCGCGUCGGCGUCAAAGUCCCGCAGUUCUCGUUCUCGCGCCUCGCCGGCGCUGACGUCAUGCUCGGCGUCGAGAUGGCCUCCACUGGAGAAGUCGCCUGCUUCGGCAAAUAUCGCUACGAAGCCUACCUCAAAGCCUUGCUCUCCACUGGAUUCGUCGUGCCCAGGAAGAAUAUCUUCAUCUCCAUCGGAGGCUAUCAUGCCAAGGGGGAAAUGCUCGACUCUGUCGCGAAAUUGUCCAAACUCGGCUUCGAGCUGUACGGCUCGAAAGGAACGGCCGACUAUUUCCAGUCCAACGACAUCAAUGUCAAGCCCGUUGAUUGGCCCUUCGAAGAGGGAUCGUCGGAUGAGAAGACCAGCAGUGGGUCGAGGUGGGUAAUUGAAAAAAAAGAACACUUUUGCCAAACCUUGUUCUUUUUUAAUCUUGAUUUCUUCAGAAUUUAUUCGAGUUUCCAGAUUUCUAUUGUACUUGACUUUGUUUUCUGCUUCAUAUGUCCAAAAAAAAAACCAGGUUUUUCUCCUGAGUCUUCAUCUAAUUUUAAUGCACCUUAAAGAUCGAUAUUUUAUAAAUCUUCCAGUUUUUUGAAGUUUAGGAACUCAAUUUGUGGUUCCAGAAGAAACUGGAAAAAUUUUGUGAUUUAUAUUUUUUUAAAGUUCAAUACCAUUCACUAAAAAAAUUUUUUUCAGUAAUUAAAGAUUUUUUUCGAAAAAUCGAUAAUAUUUCUUCAAUCUUGUUGAUUUUUUUGAGAAUUUUGAGAGAUCCACAUGUCGUUCCUGAAGAAAAACUAGAAAAUUAUACGGUUAAGAAUUUUUUUUAGUUGAAUACUAUUCGUUAGAUUUUUAAGCAAAAAAAGUUUCAUCAGAUUUUUGAAUCUUCUAGAUUUUGAUUAUUUUUGAUGAUUUUUUUGAAAAAGAUUAGAAGUUCUACUCGUCUUUCCUGAAGAAACUGGAAAAAUUAUAAAGUUUAGAAUAUGACUACUAUUCGUUGGAUUUUAAGAAAAAUAGUUUCAUCAGAUUUUUAAAUAUUGAUUUUUUUAAAAGAUUUUAUAUUUUUUUUAGUUUUGUUUUUUUUGAGUAGUUUGAGAUAUCUAUUUUUUUCGUUACCGGAAGACCUGGAAAUUUUAUACUUUAUAUUUUUUUCGAACGCCAUUUGUAGGAUUUUAAACAAAAAAAUUUUUCAUUUUUUUCAAUGAUCGAUUUUUUUAAAAAUUGAAUAUUUUUAAUUAAUUUCGAUCAGUUUUGAAAAAUUUCAUUACUUUCAGAUCCGUCGUCGAGUUCUUUUGAGAACAAGGAGUUCCAUCUCGUCAUCAAUUUGCCGAUUCGUGGCUCUGGAGCUUAUCGGGUUUCGGCUUUCAGGUAUAGGACAGAAAAAUCGAAAACCAUGAAAAAAUAAGUUUUAACAAGGAGUUGAAGCCAAAAUUUGAAGAAGUUGUGAGAAUAAUGCAACACUUCUAUGAGAAACUGGAAGUUGUAGGUCGUUUUUCUCGCUAGAAGUCUUUUGCUGCUUUUUCGAAGAAAGAAUGUUUUUUAAAGAAUCCAGACUCAUUAGAAAGCUUUAAAAUAGUGAAUAGACAGUUUCUUUUAGAACCCAUGGCUACAAAACUCGCCGAAUGGCUGUCGACAAUGGAAUCCCCUUGAUCACCGACAUCAAGUGCGCCAAAAUGUUCAUUCAGGUCACAUAUUUUUCACGAAAAAUGUGAAAAUUCCCCAAUUUUAGGCUUUGAACGCAGUUGGCCGACGUCCGACGAUGAACUCCCAAGUUGAUUGCGUCACUUCGAGAAGUCUGAAGCGACUUCCUGGACUCGUCGAUGUUCACGUUCAUGUACGAGAGCCGGGAGCUACUCAUAAGGUGGCGACAUGAUGAAAAAUAUUGGGAAAAGGAGAUUUUUGAGAUGAUUUGAGACGGAGUUUAGGGGAAAGAUCGGAUUUUAAAAUCCCUUGACUUUUCAAGGCUCUGAGAGCGUAUAGAGUUCUGUUUUGAGUUCAUAGAGAAAUUUAUAUGGGAGGAUUUUGCUCAGAAGAGUUGGUUUGACCUGAAUCGGAGCAUUUUGAACCUGCACGGGCUAACCAAGAAUUUUUUGCGACGUCAUUAGAAAUCCCCCCCCCCCCUCUGAAAAAGUACGUACUCCCCUUGAAAAAGUACGUAGCCUUCCCUGAAAAAGUACGUACUCUAUAUAGGGUAGGCUCAAGGUUAGUAAUGAUUUUUUUUUCUCAAAAACGGCGAACUUUUAAAAAUUAUUUUCUUGGGGCUCAUAUGAUUGAAAAACGCUCAAUAAAUAAUACUGGAACAUUUUCAGCUGCUUGAAGCCACCUAAAGAAAUUAGGGGGGAGGGGUACGAAAUGGAUAAAUACCCCGUUAGCCCAUUUAUGAUUUUGAAGAUAGUUGGGAAUUUUUCAAGUUUUUUGGCCGAAGAAUCGUCCAUUUUUGGAUUUUUUGCGUCUCAAAGGUAUGUGAAGGAUUUAGAAGUUCAAAAAAGCUUGUUUGGCUUGAAUCGGGGACUUUUCAAUUAAAAAAUAUAAUGAACUCUUUUUUUUAAAGUUAGGCUUUCCAUUUCAAGUUUGAUACUUUUCAGGAAGACUGGCUGACUUGCACAAAAGCGGCCCUUGCCGGUGGAAUUACGACGAUUUUGGCCAUGCCGAAUACUCAGCCACCUGUUAUCGAUCGAGCCUCGUACCUCCUGGCCUCGAAUGUAGUUGAAUUUUCAGAUUUGAGAAUAUUAUCCAUAAAUUAAGGCCGCCCAAGAAAAAGCCGUCUGCGACUAUGCCCUUUACCUUGGCGCGACCCCUCACAAUGCUUCUGAGGCGGCGGAAUUGGCUCACCUGUCGGCUGGACUCAAGAUGUACCUCAACGAGACCUUCACCACCCUGAAAAUGGACUCGAUCUCCGAUUGGACUAAGGUUUGAAGGAAUAGGGCCGUCUCCGAAAUGGCAGCGCCUAAAUUUUUGGAAAACUCUUCUGAUGGAACAAAAAUUAGAAAGGACAGCGCAUGAAAGUAGAGACUUCCGAAAAUUUCGGAAUUCGGACCUCGGUAAUGGAAACCGGACAGGCCGCGGACGAUUCUAGGGGUCACUUAAGAGUGCUGAGGCUACUAAAGUGGUCACUAGAGGUCCGGCUCGCGUUAACAAGGUCCGAGAACCUAUUUUAAGCUUCGUCUUUGAAAUGGAAGCGCCUAAAUAAGAACGUUUUCGAUACUUUUUAGAACUUUAGCAGUUCCCUAAGAAGCUUCUCAUAGCCGAUUUACGGCUAACUUAGGGGCGGGGCUUAACUGCUCUGUAACGAAGACCGGACGUUUCUGAGCAACUCUAGGGAUCACUUUAGAGUGCUCACACUACUAAAGUGGUCACUAGAGGUCCAGCUCGCGUUUCCAAGGUCCGAGAACCUGAAGUAAGCUUUGUCCUGAGAAGCUUCUUAUACCCCUUUUUUUAAAGAAAGGAUCAGUUUGAUUUCGGAUAUACACAAAGAGCAAUGAGAGAAAAAUUUCAAAUCAUCUUUUUUUUUUCAUAUAAAGACGGCAUGCUUUAUUUAUAACAUUAAAAAAGAAGUUCCAAAGGUUUUGGAAUUCGGACCUCGGUAAUGGAAACCGGACACACCGCGGAGGUUUCUGAGCAACUCUAGGGAUCACUUGAAAGUGAUGACACUACUAAAGUGGUCACUAGAGAUCCGGCUCGCGUUUCCAGGGUCCGAGAACCUAUUUUAAGCUUCUUCUUUAAAAAUGACUGAAUAAAUAAUUCUGCGAUACUUCUCAACCCUAGUAUAACUUCAGCACCUGGUGAGCUUCCCCAAAAAUCGUCCCAUCGUUUGUCACGCCGAACGUCAAACCCUUGCUGCUCUACUUUGUGGGGCUCAUUUUGCGAAUCGCCAUGGUUUGAUGCACUGAAAAGCGUGUGAAUUUCUCAUUUCAGUUCACAUUGCUCAUGUGGCGACGGCUGAAGAGAUUCGGCUGAUCAAGGAUGCCAAAGAAAGGGUUUUGAAUGAAAUUUGCAGGAAAAAUAUGAAGCUGAACAUUUUUCAGGGCUGGAACGUGACUUGCGAAGUGGCGCCACAUCACCUGUUCCUCACUGAGAAGGAUUUGCCGGAGGGCAUCCGAGAGGUAGAAAAAAUAUACUGAAUAGAGUUUAGAUAUAGGAAUCUAGAUAAAAUCAGAGAUUUAUUGAUUUUUCCAUUAUUAAGAGGUUUAGAACAGGAAAAAGGCUCCUUUUUAACAAUGAAUCAAAGAAAAAAAAAAAGAAAAUGAACUAGAUUUUAUUUCCAUCAAAAUGUACUAGGUGAGACCCCGCCUGGUCACUGAAGAGGACAAAAAAGCGUUGUGGGACAAUUUGGACGUUAUCGAUUGCUUUGCGACUGAUCAUGGUGAGUUGGAAAUGAGGAAAAUCACUAAAAUAGAUACAACUAGUGGUUCUAGGCAAGUUGAGGUUUCAUAUAAGCUUACAUUUUAAAAAAUUACUUUAAAAACCCUCUAGGGGUCACUAGGACGUUUUAUAGUUCAAGAAAGAGUUGAGGUUUUUUUUUGUAUUAUCAUACGGACCGGUGAAAUGACCAGUUUCACUUUAAAACCCUUUAGAUUUUAUUAGAACGUUUUCGAGUUUGAAAACUACUUGAGGUUUUAUUUGGACUCUGAUUUUGACCGGUAGAAUGACCAGUUCUAUUGUGGAACUUUUUAGGGACCACUAGAACGUUUUCGAGUUCCGAAACGAGUUCAGGUUUCAUUUGGACUCUUAUAUUGACUAUCAGAUUGACCGGUUCUAUUUUGGAACCCUUUGGGGAACACUAGAACUUUUCGAGUUCAAAAAAGAGUUCAUUUUUUAUUUAAAUCCUUAUUUUACAUAUUAAAAUGACCAGUUUCACUCUAAAUCCUUUAAGGGAUCACUAGAACAUUUUCGGGUUCAAAAUAAGUCGAGGCUUCAUUUUGACUCUUAUAUUGACCAGUAAAAUGACCAGUUUCAUUCUGAAACUCUUUAGGGACCACUAGAAGAUUUAUGAGCUUGAAUAAGACUUAAGGUUUCAUUUGGACUUUUAUAUAGACCAGUAAGGCCACCAGUUUCACUCUGGAACCCUUUAGGGACCACUAGAACGUUUUCGGGUCUGAAAAUGAGUUAAUGUAUUAUUUAGACCCUUAUUUUACAUAGUAAAAUAACUACUUCUAAUCUGAGACCCUUUAGGGACUACUAGAACUUUUUCGAAGUCAUAAACGAGUUCACGCUUUAUUUGGACUCUUAUAUUAUCCAGUAAAAUGACCUGCUCUAUUGUGGAACCCUUUAGGGAUCACUAUGACGUUUUGAAGUUUGAAAAGGAGUUGAGGCUUCAUUUGGACUCUCAUGUUGACCAGUUUCACUCUAAAUCAUUUGAGGGACCACUAGUUUGUUCUCGAGUUCGAAAUUGGCUCAAGGUUUCAUUUGAACUCUUAUAUUGAACAAUAACAUACCAGUUUCACUUUGCACUGUUUUAGGGGCCACUAGAAAGUUUACGAUAUUACGAACAGUUUUUUGAUAUCAAGUUCUUUACGUUCAGCCCCUCAUACAUGGGAUGAAAAGUGCGGAAAAUCCGGCGCCAUUCCUCCAGGAUUCCCCGGCGUUGAAUACAUGUUGCCGUUGCUUUUGACUGCCGUCCAGGAGAAGAAACUCACCUUGAAGUUUGAAGGAGUCCAGGAAAAUGUGCCCCCAUUGACAAGAUUUUCAGAGACGUGACGGAUCGACUCUCGACGAACCCAAGGAGGAUUUUCAACCUUCCGACGGAGAAUGAGACUUAUGUUGAGGUCUGAGGAGCUAGUAAAUAGGAAAAUUGAAAGAACAACGACUCGAACUUGCUUCUUUUUUGCCGAUAUUAAGUGGAUUGCUCUGAAAUUUAGUGAUCCGAAGGCAAUUGGCGGAUCUUAAAAUUUUAAUUUUCUAAUUGGCUAUAGUAAAAUGUGUUCAAAAAUCUAUUUUGGUUUAUUUCAGGAAGUUUAGAAUUUUUUUAGAGAGUAGUAGAUGAUCCUUAAAAAGACUGCUUUUCAAAAUUUUUCAAAAAAAGAUUUUUCAGUAGUUCCAAUGCAGAAUUAUGUCUAGAGGAUGAAAUUGGCUCAAAUUAAACUCUUGAGGGAGCUUCACCGAAUUUGAGCCCGUUCUUUGAAAGUCAGGACUUGUGACAAGGGAACAGCUUUCUUUGCGAAGUCAUAGGACUAUUUUAGGUUGACCUCAAUGAAGAAUGGACGAUUCCGAAGAACGGCGGGGAGAGCAAGGCUGGCUGGACGCCAUUUGCUGGAAGAAAAGUUCAUGGACGUGUUUAUAACGUUGUGAUUCGUGGAGAGGAAGUCGUCGUCGAUGGACGGGUACUGAGUUUGAAGGAUUUCGGAUAGGUUGACAGCUUGGAAAAGGGAAUUUAGAGCAAGUUGUGGACGUUUUUGAGCGGGAGAAAAGUGAUUUGAGCUGUUAAUUUUUGCAUUUCUCACAUCCGAUAAUGCUAGGAUAUAACUUCAAUUCCGAGCCAAGGGAUAAACUUGAAAAAGGGCUUUGAAAUGAACUUUUCGGCAAGAAACUUACCGUUGAAACACUUUCUUACAGUUGAUGAGACAAUAAACUCAUUGAAAAGUCCGAAAAAAGGCUUCAGCUUCCCUUGGCGUAACCCGGAUCUGGUCGGAACAUGCGGCUGACCAAGGGAACUGUCUUUUUUUUUCUCAUAAAAUGUGUUUUGAGCCUGGAAACUGAGUAAUAAAAGAAUUGAAACACUGAUCAAAGCAUUUUUUCAAUUGACACUAGUUUUGAAGUCAAAUUAGGAGGUGUACUGAUACUCAAAGCUUUACUAUAGGUCGUCGCGGAACCCGGAUUCGGUCGGGCCAUACGGCUGACCAAGGAACCUGUUUCUUUUUCUCAGAAAAUGUGUUUUGGGCAUGAAAACUUAGGAACAUAAACUGAGGAGCAAGAAGAUCGUUAUAGGUCAAAAAACUAGUUUAGAAGUCAAAUAAAGAGAUUUACUGAUACGCAAAGCUUUACUAUAGGUCGUUGCGGAACCCGGAUUUGGUCGGAACAUUCGGCUGAGCAAGGAAGAUGCCCCCUCGUCGGAAGAAGAGCCAGAUGAGGAGGAAGUCGACCUUUCGCAGCUGGAAAUGCGAAGGCCGACCUUGUCUGGAGAUGAACAAAGUCCGCUGCACACGCCGCCGAGGGCCGUCAGCCCCGCGGCGGGUCCUGAAACGAUGGGCCGACAUUUGGUCUCGGUCACGCAGUUUACGAAGAUCCAGGUGAGAUCGAGGAGCUGGAAAGGUUGAGGAUCGUAUUUUCAAGCUUUGAAAGACAAGCAGAAUGUGAAGAGUUUAAAAUUGUAGAAGUCAAUAAUAAAGAAACUAUGAGAAUCGGACGUUUCUGAGCAAUCUUAGGGAUCACUUAAGUGUUCUGAAGCUACUAGAGUGGUCACUUGGAAGGCUUAAAAACCGUCCGGUUUACGUCACUUUGGACAUCGGACUUAAGGCAAAACAUAAGCACCCCGGACCUUUCAGAGCAAUUCUAGGGAUCCCUUAAGAGUGCUGAAGCUACUAAAGUGGUCACUUGAAGUGAUUAGGAUCGUUCGGUUUGCUUUUCCUCAGAUUUGGUAUGGCAAACCGGAUCUUUUUGAAAUUUUCUAGGGAUCACUUAAGAGUGUUUAACUUACUGGAGUGGCCACUUGGAAUGUUCAAAAACGUCCGGGGCGUCCCCGAUUCACGUUAUCAAGAUUCGAGAAUCGAAUAAACAGAAUUAAGCUCUGAGGCAGGUAUUUGAAAAUGUAGACCUCCUGUGUUUGUAGUUUGGUUCCUAGAAGAUUAGCGAAGGGUUGAAAAAGUUCGGGUUUGAAUUUGCAGGGGAAAGAAAAAUUUAGAAAAUGGUGAUUAACAAGCUUUUUUUCCAGUUGAACAAGAUCUUCGAAGUUGCUGAUCGUUACAGACAUGACGUUGAACGACACGUCAACUUGACCAACGUUCUUCAGGUUUUUUAGAUCAGAUAUUCAUAGCCUAUUCCUUUUUUCUGGCCAGAGUACCGUUUACCUUUAGAUCACAGGUCUUGGAGCGAAGGCCUAUAUACUGUAGUUUUUCGAAUUUUGUUGAGAAAGGGACUUCCUACAUUUUCGAUAUUUCAGGGCUACGUUCUGGCCUCGCUUUUCUACGAAGUCUCGACCAGAACAAGUUGCUCAUUCGCCGCGGCAAUGCAACGCUUGGGCGGCACUGUCAUCUCAGUUGAUAGCCAGUCUUCCUCCGUUCAGAAGGGCGAAACUCUCGAAGGUGACUCCCAGAAGACGUCCAAACAUCAUCAGAACAUCUCCAGAUACGGCGAGAAUCCUGGGCAGCUACGCCGACGUCGUCGUCUUGAGAAGCAAGGAAGUCGGAGCGGCGGAGAGAGCUUCCAAAGUCUGCAACCAGGUGGUGAUCAACGCCGGCGACGGCGCCGGAGAGCAUCCCACGCAGGUUGGAAGCCUUCUGAAGCAUUCUUCUUGAUUGACAACGUCUUCAGGCCCUCCUCGAUGCUUACACGAUCCGGCAGGAGAUGGGAACCGUCAACGAUCUGACCAUCGCCUUGGUCGGAGACUUGAAAAAUGGCAGGACCGUUCAUUCCCUCGCCAAGCUGCUCUGCUUGUACAAGGUAGAAAAACGGGGGAGCGAUAAGAAUUUCAACAUGCCUGAAAAAAAAAUCGACGGAAAAUAGCGUCAAGUGCGCUCUGUAGAGAGAGUUACAAAGUCUUAACUUUCCGCAAAAUUAUAGAAAUUCAAAAAUAGCCUCGAAAAUUAGUAAGUUGGACAAUGAUAGUUAGUGUCGGGUUAAGAAAACGGGCUGAUAGGUUGACGGGCUGGCCCUCGCACAAGCCUGGGACUCCCUGAGGCCGAGUCGGACUUAGAAAACGGGCUGGCCCUCUCACAAGCCUGAACCUCCCUAAGGCCGGGUCGGGCUUUGAAAACGGACGGGGUCGAUAGGUUGACGGGCCAGCCUUAUUACAAGCCUAGGUCUCCCUAAGGCCGGAUUGGGCUUUGAAAACGCGUGGGGCCGAUAGGUUGACGGGCUGGCCCUCUCACAAGCCCGGGAUUUUUUUCCCUCCCAGAAAAAAGUCGAUUCAGGGCAUCACUCUGCACUAUAUCGCUCCAACCGCUGAACUUCAAAUGCCCCAGGAAGUUGUGGACUAUGUCGCAGCGAGAGGAUUUACUCAGGUAAGAAAUUCACGAACCGAUUCAACUUUGAACACUCAAAACUUUCAGAAAAAGUUCGACAACCUUGCGGAAGGAAUCCAUCAUGUUGACGUCAUUUAUAUGACUCGCAUUCAGAAGGAACGCUUUAGUGAUGAGGUUUUCACCUCAAAAUUGGUCAAUUUAUGAUCAUUCUUUUCAUCAGAAGGACUAUGAGAAGGUGAAGGGAAGCUACGUCCUGACGGCCAAGCUUCUGAACGAAGCCGCCAUGGAAAUGCACCAAGAUAGUCUUACGGGUAGGUCUUACGGAAUUGCAAAGAAAGGCCAUGUCGCGCAUAUACGUAGGCGGCGACCACUUUUGCACCCCUCCAACGCGCACACCAUUAAAGCAUACUGUAGGUUGAAAUGGUGCACACACCGAACGUCGUUUUUGGCUUAUUUUCCUUUGAAAAUUUAUAAAAUGCGUGUGAUUCGGCGAAAAACCGCAGUUGCAACAGUCGUAGUUAGAGAGCUUAGUUUGAAAAAGUAGGCUAGCUUGUGACGGUGGCAUGUCUGCGGUCUCCACCAGCCAGACACUAUCUCCUUCUUCAGAACCAUUUUUCGAUGGCUCAAGCCAGUCGUUAAUCAGCUAUAACCAUAUAUGGGAUGAGCAUGACUGGCAACAGCCAAGUCCCCCCCACCUAAUGCCGAGUUUUCACGGUUUUUUUGCCACCACCCCCCCCGCCUCUCAUUUUUUUCGUUUUUGUUUUUUUGCCAAGUCCCUCCCCUUUGUCAGAUCCCUCCGAGACUAUCCCAUGUAUGGCUCCCACUGUUGGCGGGAUUCUCACGAGUCAGACUUUGACCAACCCCCCUCCCAUUGAAAUAUCAUACGAGAUGGCUAUAUAUGCAGUUGAUUGAACUAUGAAAAAAAAAGGUUUAAAUUCCAGGUCUCUCCCGCCGAACGUCGCCGAUCGUUCUCCAUCCCCUGCCUCGUGUAGAUGAGAUCGCCGUCGAGUUGGACCACGACGACCGGGCCGCCUACUUCCGACAGGCCAGGAACGGAAUGUUCGUCAGGAUGGCUGUCCUCGCCCUGUCCCUCGGUCGUGCUGAAGUCUGA